AUGAACCGUUCAUUCGGUAAUACAUAUUCAUCAGCAGUACAAUCAACAAAUUCAAGAAUGUCUACCGCACCAAGUACAGAAUGGGAAGAUUUACGUAAACAAGCUCGUCAACACGAAAAUGAAAUUGAUACAAAAUUAAUGUCAUUUUCAAAAUUAUGUUCAAAUUAUGUUGCACAUGAUCCAAAUGAUACAUCAUCAUCAUCAUCAACAUGUACACCAUCAUCAUUUGAAACAAUGUCAAUUGAAAUUGAAAAACUUCUUGAACGUUUAUCAGAUAUAAAUAAACGUAUGUCUGAUGUUGUACCAUCAUUACUUGGACCUAAUUCAGCUGCAACACAUACAUUACAACGUCAUCAUGAAAUUUUACAAGAUUAUCGUCGUGAAUUUGAACGUACAAAAGCUAAUAUAAAAAAUUUUAAAAAUCGUGAAGAUCUUUUAAUAAAUACAAAUAUAAAUAUAAAUAAUUCUGAUAUAACAUCAACAGGUUUAAGUAGUCGUCGACAAGAUUAUUAUUUACGUGAAAUGAAUCAUUUAAAUAGUUCACAUAAAUUAAUGGAUACAAAUAUUGAAAUAGCAUCAAUGGUUAAAAAAGAUUUAUCUGAUCAAAGAAAAUAUUUAUUAAAUAUAACAAAUAAAAUUAGUACUAUAACUAAUCGUUUUCCAUUGGUUAAUAAUGUUUUACAAAAAAUUAAAGUUAAAAAACGUAAAGAUUCACUUGUACUUGGUUUUGUCAUAGCUAUUUGUCUUAUUAUUCUUCUUCUUUAUAUGUUUCGAUAA